AUGCAAGGUGAUGAAGCCGGGAUGAAACUGGCUGCUAGGGCAAUCGCUUAUUUGAUUCAAACAUCAAAAACAUUUGCCGCUGAACUUGUCUGCGAAUGGCUGGAAGAACCUGAACGAAAUGAAUCGCGCCGUCUUGCAGCCGCAUUCUUGGCACGACAGCUAGCACUCUACACGUCGACGUCAUUUUUCUUACGUGCCUCAAAUUUCUUCUCCAAUAUCUUCAAAGUGAUCCGGGAUCCGAAGGCAUCGGUGCGUAUUGCAGCAACAAAAGCCUUACAUGCAGCUCUCACAGUUACAACGCAACGUGAAGCAAGCCAAAAAUCGGAAUGGUACUGGGUACGUUCGUCAGUCAUUUUGUUUGUAUUAUUUCGCAAAACUGGUCUUUUGCGGUAG